AUGGCAAGUGGUACAUUUACCUUGGAUUGUCCAACAGUGAAAUUGAACUACCAGGCUUGUGAUAAGGUUGCUCUAAAACUCAAUGGAAAAGGACACGAGACCAUACAGUUUGAGAAAAACCCCAGCAACAAUGGUAAUAAUCAACCCGACCCCUUCGACAACAGAUACCACAUAAACAGAUUGAGGAACCCUGAUACCAACGUGAAUACGAAGUUACAGUUAUGGUGCAAGGAACCUUCAAAGAAUGUCUUAUCACGUUUUAUAUUUAACCUGUUUGAUUUGAUACCAGGGGUGGUUUCAUGGUGGUUUAACGGUGGCGACAGUGAUGCAGUCAUUGUAUUCUUGGGUGACAGCAGCAAAGCCCUGGUCCCUGGCCAAUUCACUUACUUCUUUGUGGCUGGAGUUCUGGGACUUCUAGCUGGAUUUCAAUCCGACUUCGUUGAUAAAACCUUUGGUCUGGACGAAAAGGAAUCAGAAGAUGUGGUAACAAGCCAACAAGGUGCAUUGCUUGUUAAACUUGAUCAAGGGAUCAAAUUCCCAGAACCAAGUUGUCACACCAAAGGUAAAUUAUAUGCCAACUUUGAUGAUGUAUCGGGUAAGGUGGUUGUGAAAUGUGGUGGAACUAUCAGUUCCUUGACAGAAAAGAACUUGCUAGUGCUCAGUGAGAUUGGUUUAAGUGCAAAGUUUGUGAAGUUGGAGGGCAGUGCUAUGUUGGCGUCGAGUUAUGUUGCUGAUGGAUCGGUCCAGAAAUGUUAUGUCGGUAAGGGAAGUGGUCGGAUUAAGGUUGUGGGUAGCGAAGGAAAGCCUGCAUUGCAUAGUAAAGUUGAAGAAGGUGACUUGUUCAUUGUUCCUCAAUUCUAUGCUCUUGGAGAGAUUGCUAAUGAUUGUGGAUUGGAGGUUUUCUCCGUCACAACUUCUUCAAAACCUGUUUUUGGACACCUGGCUGGAAAUACAUCCAUAGUCGUAAUUUGUAAGCCUGGAAUUAGUUCUUAGUUUAGGCAUAUCCUUUGCAACUUUUGUAGAUAGGUUUUGAUUAGAAGUUUAUGUCUUCAAUUAGUCUUUAAGUUGAAAACUUAUGUAUGGAUUUUGGUUUAUUAUUGUUAAUGUCAUUUGGUUUUUAGGUUUUCUCAUGGUUA